GAUUAAUACAGUCAUUUGUUUUCACUCAAGCAUGAAAGUGACGCUGGCUGAAGACCACACUUCAUCGGUUUAAGAAGCAUCGGAAGCGUGGGUAAAAAGAAAUUAAUUAACCAUUACACUCUGGAGUUAGAAUGUCUCAGCAAUCGCAAAAAAAAGAUGAUGGACUAUUUUGGAUUAUCGAUUAUGUACGUAACUGGGGCUUAGAAACUUGCGUGGUACCGUCAAAUUGGAUUUAUGAAAUUGAAGUUCCUGAUCCUACUCGUGGUGUCGUUGGAGUAAAAAUGGCUUCAUGUUGUUAUUGGCCAACAGACAAUUAUUUGUUAAGAUGCACUCGUAGAGCUGACCCAGAUGGUGGACCUCAUUGGGAAAAUUAUUUUGCAGAUAUUCGAUUCCCAUUUGAAUCUUACAAUUUAGCGAGGCAAAACUUAGACCAGGCUACAAAGAAUUCAGAUUUAGACACACGCCCAGUGCAGGAAGGUGGUAAAGGAGGAAGAACGAAGAAGCCAACUGAGCCAUAUAGUCCUGAAAAUCAUCAGGAAAAGAUUCAAAAGAAUACAAAUCAGAAGAAUAAGAGUCAGAAGAAUAAGAGUCAGAAGAAUAAGAGUCAAAAGGGUAAUGUACAGUCUUCAUCCGAUGAUGAAGGUCCAAGACGUGCUGCCACCAUGCUGGCUGACGCAUUACCAUCAGUACCAAAGCACUUUUUGCCAGCUUCAACUUCAACAGCAUCAGCUUUAGAAGAAUCAUCACCUGACAUGUUUCGUGAGACCUACGUAAGUUUAGAAAACCAAUCGCCAGUAAGCCAAAUUCAAGCAAGUCAAGAACUUCUGCCAGCAAGCCCAAGUGGGUCUUCGAACUUAGAAAGCCUAGACUUGCUGACAAGUCCAAGUGGGUCUCAGAACUUACAUAGCCAAGACUUGCUGGCAAGCUCAACUGGGAGUCGGAACGCCGAAAGACAAGAGACUUAUUGCUCAUCAGACACGGCGAAGUUGAAUAGUACAUCAGUUGGAGUCCAAAACAACUUGAAAAAGGCGAAAAGUAAAUCUCAAGAUACGGAAGAUUUUGUCGACGAGACACCACAAUUCAUUUCAUGCAAUACUACAGAUGCCGAUGUAACGGGCCUAUUGUCAAGUGGUGUAAGUUCGGUGAAUGCAUCUAAUGGUGGCUCAAUGAAUUGGACGAACACUAAGAAAGCAAAUGUCAGCAUAAAUAAUGGUCCAUCCUAUGAGCAUUUGAUGGUCAUGAAGGCUCUUCAGCAAGUCUUUAAGAAUUACCGUCGGCUUUCCUGUCCUGAUCAACACUCGUCCAAUAUUCUAUCAAUUAUCACCGGAAAUGCAGUUGGCCGGAUGGAGUACUACUAACGGUUGUUGUGCUGUUAUACCUGGCCGUCCAGUCUAUAAGCAACACUGGCAAGAACAUCUGAUAAAAUGAUAAAUGUUUACAUCCAUUGAUUUGAUUUAAAAAUAAACCGGUAUAAUCUAA